AUGAGCGAAGCCAAAGCAGCAAUCUCGAUAUCACCGCUGCUCCUCCGGCUGGCUGACCCCACUACGACUUUGUACAGCGUCACUGCCCAGGAAGUUGCUGCUGCUGUCUCGCACAUUUUCGCAAACAGCAUCUCUCCCGUACAAACCGGAUGUCUUCUCUACGGUCUUCACACAACUCAGUUGGAUCGUCGUCCAGACAUCCUUGCAGCAUGCGCCAGUUCUAUGAGAUAUGCCGCUGCUCAAGUCGAUGAGGAUGCUUUGAAGGAAGCUGUGACUCAACGUGGUCGCAAGGAGGGUCAAUACCAUGGAGGUCUGUGCGACAUAGUCGGUACUGGCGGUGACAGCCACAACACAUACAAUGUCAGCACAACCUCGAGUAUCCUCGCCUCAGCCCUGCUCAUGAUGGCCAAACACGGUAACAACGCUUCGACCUCAAAGUCCGGUUCAGCCGACCUCCUCCUCGCUGCUUCACCUUCUCCCGUAAUCGCCGCUACCACCGAGAAGACACUGCCCGAAAUCUACUCUCGCACAAACUACGCCUUCCUCUACGCUCGCGAAUGGCAUCCUGGCAUGAAGCACGCUGCUGCUAUCCGUAAAGAGCUACCAUUCCGAACAAUCUUCAAUCUACUCGGUCCUUUGGCCAACCCGGUACAAAACAGUAAUCUGAUUGAGGCUCGCAUCCUCGGUGUCGCCAAACGCGACAUGGGCCCUGUGUUCGCAGAGUCUAUGCGCUUGGCCGGUGCAAGAAAGGCUUUGAUCGUAUGCGGUGCCGAAGACUUGGAUGAGUUCAGUUGUGCCGGACCUUCAUACUGCUGGACGCUGAAACCGCAUUCCGAUGCUGCCGACUCUCAAGUCGACAUCGUACCUUUCACUGUCGCGCCCGAGGACUUUGGCUUGAAGCCUGUACCGCUUAGCCUUGUCGCAGGUGGUAAGUCUCCUCAAGAGAACGCCGUCAUCCUGCAGAGCAUCCUUGACGGCACGAUUGAUCCCAACGAUCCCGUCCUUACUUUUGUCCUGAUAAACACAGCUGCUCUUUUGGUGUGCUCAGGUAUCUGUGACUCAGACACUAGCGAGAUGGGCCCCGGAGACGACGGUAAUGUCAUCACAGAGCGUGGCCCUGGUGGUCUGCGCUGGAAGGAGGGCGUCAGACGUGCCCGUUGGUGUAUUACCAGCGGCGCUGCCAAAGAGCAGUGGGAAGCAUUCGUCAAGGUUACCAACGAGAUCGGCGGUGAACAGUGA